AUAGUCCCUUUAUUAUAUUCUUUCCAAAUCUCCUUCCUUCUCUAUCUAUCUAUCUAUCUAGUUGGAAGAAUCAAACAGUUCAAGAGGCAUUACCAGCGAAGGUUUAGAAUGAAGGAUUUGGCCACCCCAAUUAUAGCUGCAUCCCUCUUUGCAUUUCUGUCGCCCGGACUAAUAUUCCAGCUUCCAGGAAAGCACCACAUGGUCGAAUUUUUUAACAUGAAGACAAGCAUACCUUCCCUUUUCCUGCACACUGUUAUCUAUGGUUUGCUUCUCAUUCUCUUCUUUGUGAUCCUCAAUGUACAUCUCUAUGAAUAGGCCAGGAAGAUUCCACCUAAAAUAUGCCUAAUCUGUGGAUUCAAGUUACUAGUAUAAUUUAUUUGUUGUGAUGCACUUGAAAAACUGGGUGCAGCUUAAAUAAGGCAUCUUCAUCUAUUGUGUUGUGUUGUGUUAUUAUAUUAAAGACCAUAAUUUCACUUCAAAAAUGUAAGAAACUUUUAGAUCAUCUAGGAAUCACUUUAU